CCCAACAACGAACGAACGAACGAACGAACGACCGACCGUCUCUCCUCGAUCGUCCUCUCGCGAUCCGUCCAUCCAUCCAUGGCGAGCCGUAACAGCGCCGAUCCCAGCAGCUGCUACAGCACUCCGCCGAAGCUGUGCUUCUACUCCCUCCCGAGCCUCCGCCCCGAGCCUCCGGGUUUGGCCACGCCCCCUCUCCACCUGCCGGCCUCCGUCCCCUUCCUCUGGGAGGAGGCCCCCGGCAGGCCCAAGAGGGACAGGGACGACCCCCCGCCGCUUGUAGAUGAUCUCAUCGAUGCCAGGAGGACCCCGCAUCCCUAUCCCUGGAAGAAGAACAGCAGCAGCAGCAGCAGCAGCAGCAGCAGCAGGAUCAGGAGCCAGCUGGAACUCCCCCCCGGGAUGGCGGCGCUGCAUGGGGCGUUGGCGGCGGCGGAGACGAAGGGCGAGGAGUACUCCCCCACCGCCGUCCUCGAUGGUCCCUACGCUCUCAACGAGCACGCACCGCCGGAGGAGUUCGAAGAGCGGAAAGCGCGGAUCACCAGGUUCGGGAGCACCCGGAAGAGGAGUCUCGCUAAUGUAUUAUCCCUCCGCACCACCUCUCACCUCUGGACCAACAUUUAUGAGAGCCUGAAGCAGGUCGUUUCGCGGAGAAGGGCUCGGAAAACUCAAGUUUUUUGAAGGUGACAAAUAGAUACCCCUCAAUGCGGGUUAGUGGAGCAUUGGCUAAUUAAUUAAACUUUUUUGCUGUAUACAAGCAAACUUACUAAUUACUGUAGAGUCUGUAUCUGUCGAUAUAUAUGCAGCUAGUGCGCGUCUCUCUGUUGAACUCCUUACGGAAGAUCAGGGACAUAUGCCCUUUACUUACUACUGUACUUUCAACACAUGUGGUGCUGCGAAUUAUAAUACGUUCUUCUGUCUUUGAAAGUAUAAAUCUGUUAGAAAACUUUGGGUUGUAUAAUUGGAUGCCUGUAUGUGUGCACAAAUCAGUGAUGGUUAAAACCAA